CAGUUAUCCACCCUUCAGCGAACCCUAUUUUUCCGUAGUUAAAGUGCAAUUGUUAUUUGGACAGUAAUAAUGAAACGGCACUGGGUCGCCUCUGUGUGUCUCGCAGGACUACUGCUCGCUGUGUAUACUGAUAACGUUGCUACUGUACAGACUGAUGGAGUGGAAGGCUCUGGUGAAGAUGUGAAUGUAACUGAGUGUCCUAAAGUUGAUGCAGUGGGUAGAACCGUUUUGCUUGCCCAUGAAUCUGAUUGCACGAAAUUCUAUGCAUGCUCCAACGGAAGGAAGAUCCUCAUGCAGUGUGCGUUGAUGGAUGGUGAUGGAAAUCGCUUGUACUUCAAUGUGAAACUACAAGUGUGUGAUUGGCCAAGUAGUUCUGGCUGUACGAAUAAGAAUACGACGCAUGUGCCUACUGAAGGACCAACAACGACUGAAAAGCCUACAGACAGACCAACUGAAGGUGGUGUUACAGAUGCAGAUACUGAAUUACCCACAACGAUUGGAAACCAAACAAGACCGACUACAGAAAAUCCUGCAAACCCUACCACUGAAUUAUCAACAACUGGACAGCCUACGAUGGAUAGGACAACUACAGAAGCUACCACGCCUCGUAACUCCAGCGAAGCUGAAAUUCCAACUGAAUGUCCCAAAGUGGACUCAGUAGGGAAAUCCGUUUUCCUUGCCCAUGAGUCAGAUUGCACGAAAUUCUAUGCAUGCUCCAAUGGACGAAAGAUACUUAUGCAGUGUGCGUUAAUGGAUGGUGAUGGAAAUCGCUUGUACUUCAAUGUGAAACUCCAAAUGUGUGAUUGGCCAAGUAGUUCUAGCUGUACGAAUAAAAAUACGACGGAUGGACCUCCUGGAGGGAGUACGACGCAUGCACCUACUGAAAGAUCAACAACGACUGAGAAGCCUACAGACAGACCAACUGACGAUGGUGUUACAGAUGUAGCUACUGAAUCACCAGCAAUGAUUGGAAACCAAACAAGACCAAAUACAGAAGAUCCUGGAAACUGUACCACUGAAUUAUCUACAACUGGACAGUCUGCGAUGGAUAGAACAACUACAGAAGCUACCACGCCUGGAAACUCCAGCGAAGAUAAAAUUCCUGCUAAAUGUCCGAAAGUGGACUCAGUAGGGAAAUCCGUUUUCCUUGCACAUGAGUCAGAUUGCACUAAAUUCUACGCAUGCUCCAACGGAAGGAAGAUCCUUAUGCAGUGUGCGUUGAUGGACAGUAACGAAAAUCGUCUCUACUUCAAUGUAAAAUUACAAGUGUGCGAUUGGCCGCGCAGUUCUGGCUGUACAAAUAAAAAUACAACGGAUGCACCUGCAGAAGGAAGUACGACGCAUAUACCUACUGAAGAUCCUAUAACGACUGAAAAGCCAACAGAUGAGCCAAUUGCAAAUUCUACCACGAGUAAAGAGCCUACAACGACUGGGGAGCCUACAAAUCAACCAACAACAGAAGGUAACACAGAUCCAGAUACGGAUUCUACAAUGACUGAGGAGCCUACAAUUACUGGACAGCCUACAAGUCAACCGACAACAGACGGUCCCAUAAAUUCGACUACGGAUUCUACGACUGGGAAGCCGACAAACCAACCAACAACAAUGCGUAGCACUCCCCCGACUACAGAUUUUACAUCUGAGGAACCUACAAUGACUGGAAAGCCUACAAAUCAACCAACAACAGAAGGUAAUACAGACUCUACUACGGAUUCUCAAACAACUGAGGAGCCUAUAACGACCGAGAAGUCUACAAACCAACCAACAACAGAGGGUAACAUAGAUUCUACAACAGAUUCUAAAACGACUGAGCAUCCUACACAUGAACCAAUUUCAGAAGGUACUAUACCCUCUACUACUGAUCUAGCGACAACAACUGAAAAUCCUAGCCAGAGACCGACUACGGAAGGGACCCCACGUGAAACCACUCAACGGCCUUCAACGCCACAGGAACCACUCGAAUCGACUACAGAAACAGCAGCACAAUCUACUGGAUGGACUUCAUCCACUGAGCAACCCACAUACACACCUUCUACGGAGGGUGUUAUAAGUCCUAGCACCGGAUGGCCUACAACAACUGAAGUUCCUACGCAAAAACCUAGUACAGAAUGUACGGGAAACCCUAAUACUAGUUCGUCUUCAACGACCGAAGAACUUACAUCUGAAUCAAGCACAGUAGGUCCUACUUAUUCUGGCACAGAAUUAUCUACAACUGGACAUCAGACUGAAUCAAUUACUGAAGGUACUGCGCAUUCGACUACUGGAUUAUCUACAACGACCGAAAAGUCUACAGAUAGGCCAACAACCACAGGAAAUACUACGCAAUCUACUCCUGAAGAACUAACAACGACUGAAAAUUCGAGUACAACCAAGUCAUCUACAGAUGGUACCACACCAUCAACUGCUGAUUUACCUACAACGCCUAGAAAUUCUACAAACAAACCAACGGAAGCCACUACGCAUCCAACCACCGAAGCAGCGACUGAAGGGCCCAGUCACGAAUCCACCAUAAAAAUUACAACACAACCCACUACUGAAGGCUUUACAACGACUGACAAGUCAACACAUGAAUCAAGUAUAGACGGUAGUACUCAUCGUAGUACUGAAUCACCUACAACUGAAAAAUCUACGCUGAGACCAACAACAGAAGGUAGUACUACUCAAUCGACUGAGUGGCCUGUAAUGACUGAGGAGCCUACAACCGAUACAAGUACGGGCGGUACUGCACACCCCAAUGUUAGCUUAUCCACAACGACGGAGGGGCCUACAUCCGAAUCAAGUACGGAAAGUACGAUUCAUCUUAGUACUCAAUCAUCUACAACGACGGAAAAGUCUACACAUAGACCAAUCACAGGAGAUGGUGCUACUAAUUCUGUUACUGAACGGCCUGCGACAACACAAGGACCUACCUCCGAGUCAACUACGGAAAGUACUACUCAUCUUAGUACUGAAUUACCUACAACGACUGGAAAGCCUACGCAGAGACCAACAACGGCAGGUAGUACCAGUCAUUCUACUACUACAGACCCUAACAAUAGCUUGCUCACGACGACCGAGUGGCUUACAUCCGAAGAUAUUACGGAAGCUACACAUCCCUCUACUGAACGGCCGUCCUCUCCCACAACGACUCCAAAACCGACGAAACCAGAUGUCUCAGAUUCAUGUCCACCCAGCGGUUCCAAAAACGGACAAUUCUAUUCCCACGAGUGCAGCUGUGAUAAGUACUACAUCUGUUCAAAGGCAGGACUUAUCCUUCACCAAUGUCCCGACAAAACUCACUUCAAUCCGAAGAUUGACGCCUGUGACAAACCUGAGAAUGCCGAUUGUUCAAAACCACCAUCUCAAAAGGAACCCUCAUCCACCACCCUCGAAGUUAUCCCCACCGAAUGCCCGACUGGUGAUUCCGGUUUGUCCGCCCGAAUUGCACAUCCAACAGAUUGCACUUUGUACUACAAAUGUGUUGAAGGAGAGAAAAAAUCAAAGUCCUGCUCCGCAGGGCUUCAUUUUAACCCGAGACAGCAGCUGUGUGACUGGCCAGAGUCAGCUGGCUGCACUGUGAAGGAAGAAACGACACCGCUUCCUCCAGUGACUUCUACCACUCCGAAAUCAUCGGAUUGUCCUCAAGACAGCAACAGAACACUAAUUCCUCACGAAACCAGCUGCUCCAUGUUCUACAUAUGCGAUAGGGGACAAAAGAAAUUGGCGAACUGUGUACCGGGACUUGAAUUCAAUCCAAAUCUUCGUGUCUGCGAUUCCCCUGGAUUUUCGGGUUGCAACAAUUCGUUGGGAACCAUGAAGCCAGAAGCUACAAUUAUUACUCAUGAUUUCUAUGUCAGAAUAUCAGAUGGAAGUGAGGGACUUUUAGAAGAAUUGAACAAGUCAAAUCGUCAUGGUUCUCAUAGUUCAAAUGAUCCUAUAUCUGAUGAUGACACCCACGGAUGUAUUGGCAAAUGCUCGCAGAGAAAUCCAACUGAGGCUGUCCAACUGCCACAUCAAGACUGCAAUAAAUUCUGCAAGUGCCACUUUAGGACACCGCACGUUCUUAAGUGCCCUCCCUCUCUACAUUACAACCCUGUGGAACGAGUCUGCGAUUAUCCACAGAACGCCGGCUGCAAGGGACACCGUAACAACCAUUGGGAACGAAUUUUAGCUCAUCUUCAAUUCGAAUGACUGUUUCCGACAACUUUGUUAUUAUUCGCUGACACCGCAGCGGAAUUACUCUUGAAAUUUCAAGUGAAAAAUUGCAAUCUUUUUUAACACCAUCAACUAAUUCGCAGGAGAUCUCCAUAUAUGUUGUUAUUGAUAAAUCAGCAAAUUUGUGAAAUAUUUAAUAAGAUUCAUUCUUUUAAGUUCAUAUGAAAAUUAAAAUUAUUGAAGCAAAACUCAUGUUUUCGACUGUCGUUUCACGUAUAAGUAGUGCUGAUUUGGGCCAUGUUCUAGUCAGCAGCGGAAAGCGAAGUCGAUAAAUUUUGACAGCUCUUUAAUGAGUUUUAUCUGUGGAAAACAUGAUGACGUGACGUUUGCAAACACGCACAUGUCAGUUUUUAUUUAGUCAAUAUUUUCUUGACAAAAAGAAGUCCAAGAGCCUGAUGCUGACUAGUAAGCAGUCACACGGUGUAAUAGAAAUCCAGCUUCGAAGAAGAAGUUAUUUGAUAGUAAGUGGUACUUAUUUGGUAUAGUGGCACUGUCAGUGACUUCAUUUUUUGUAUUAGAUACUCAAAUCGUGAAAGUGCUUGUCAAAUAUUUUGAACUACAAAUAGCGUUUGCUCUGGAACAAUAAAAGUACGGGAUGAGUUGGACUUGCACGGAUGUCUACACCUCGCCAAAAAUCUUAGCGGUGCACGCAAUGCCGAACCAAUUAUUAGUUUGAUUUUAUAUUCAAUUAUUCGUCUCAGUUAAUUAUAUCACUCUUAUUUAUGUGAA